AUGCUCCAGUAUUCCAGCAGAGUGUCUCUGUCAGUGGCCGCUCGGUUGAUGUCGUCUAGGUCUCUGCACGCCGCUGCAGGCUCCCCAAUGUUCCAGAAGUUCGCGAUGGACACGCACAACGACGAACACUACUAUGCGGUCAACGCAAACGAGGUGUACCAGCGGAGUAGACCCACUUUCAAGGGCGAGACUUUCAAGUUGCAGAAGGAUUUGCCAGCGUUGCCCGUCCCAGAAUUGGAGGAAACGCUCAGCAAGUACUUGACCUCCGUCAAACCUUACAUCCAGAACGAGAAGCAGCUAGAGAGGCAGCAGUUGCUAGUGCAGGACUUCAGGGACAACUGGGGCUCACUUCUGCAGGAUAGGUUACAGGCGUACGCUCGUGGGAAGAGAAACUGGAUGGCACAAUGGUGGGACGCACAGGCGUACCUCCAGUACAACGACCCAGUGAUCCCCUACGUCUCGUACUUCUACAACCACAAGCCUUUGCCAGCGACACACGCGGAGAUCGAGAACGACCCAUUGCUUAAGGCUACUGCCAUCGUCACCACAACGUCCAAGUUCGUCGAGGCAAUCAAGGACGAGUCCCUGCCAGCGGAACUCAUCAGGGGGACACCCUUUUGCAUGAACUCGUUCCAGCUGAUGUUUAACGGCGCAAGAAUCCCGGGACUCCCCGAGGAACAGUCUGACGGGGCCAUCUUCUACUCCGCGUACGAGAACAACUUCGUCGUCGUCGCACUCAGGGGGAACUUCUACAAGAUGGUUACGCACGACGCGGAGGGCACACCACUCGCUCCAAGCCAAAUAUGGGAACAACUUUACACCAUCGUCAACUUGCUGGACUCCCAGUUGAAUACGGCCGGCGCGGGCGUCGGCGCACUGACGUCCCUACCGAGGGACCAGUGGCGCACGGCAAACGUCGAGCUCAUUAAGGACCCAUCUUCGAGGGAGUCCCUAGAGAUUAUCCACAGGGCCGCGUACGUGUUGUGUCUCGACCUGGACACGAAACCGGUCACGCUCGAGGAGAAGUCGAGGAACUCGUGGCACGGUGACGGAAUCAACAGAUUCUACGACAAGCCCGUCCAGUUCUUUGUGACAGGGAACGGGAAGUCUGGGUUCCUGGGGGAACACUCGAAGAUGGAUGGUACGCCCACACUCUUCCUGAACACGUUCCUGUGCCAGCAACUCGUCAAGAUGGACCCAGCACAGUUCAUCAGCCAGCUGAGACAGCCGAUCGUCGGGGUUGCUGAACAGCCAGCACUACUCCCAUUCACUCUGAGCGCACCGGUCAAAAACGCCAUCGCUCAGGCUAAGGCUCAGUUCCAAGGGGUCACGCAGGAGCACGAGCUGAAAGUGUGCCAUUACAACAGGUACGGUAAGAACUUGAUCAAGCAGUUCAAAAUGUCCCCGGAUGCCUAUGUACAGCAGAUCAUCCAGCUCGCCAUAUACAAGUACUUGGGCAAGCAACUGCCCACCUACGAGGCAGCCUCCACGAGGAAAUUCUUCAAGGGUCGCACGGAGACGGGCAGAUCCGUCACCGAGGCGUCCGCACAGUUCGUCACCAAUUGGGACAAACCGGAUGUCCCCUUGGACACCAAAAUCACUUUACUAAGGAACGCAAUCAAGGACCACGCCGCGUAUCUGACCAUGGCAGCGAACGGACAAGGUAUCGACCGCCACUUCUUCGGCCUCAAGAACGUCCUCAAGGAGGGCGAAAGUGUACCCCUGUUCAACGACCCUCUGUUCAAUUACUCUGCCAACUGGUAUGUCUCCACGUCGCAGCUGUCAGGAGAGCUCUUCGACGGGUACGGAUGGUCCCAGGUCAACGAUGUCGGUCUCGGACUCGCCUACAUGGUGAAUAAGGACUGGCUCCAUUUCAACAUCGUCCACAAGCCGGCAAAGUCCGGUCUCGACGCGGAGAGAAUUGCACUACCUUCCUCAACCAAGCCGCGGACGAGAUGGCAGACGCCCUGGUGGCCACCGUCGCAACGAACACGGCGAAACUGUGAGUGUCAGCUGCCACUAAAGCUACACUCUGUCGGAUCACUCAGCUCCGUAACCUUGAGAAAUGAUUAUAUAAGCAGAAAGUGA